AUGUCCAAUAUACACACCCAUCUACAGCGCCUGGUCGUGAAAUGUUCCAACAAUACACGAGGUAUGAACAUACAGCCGACCAAACUGGAAGUUGAUGGUGAACACAUUUUCCUGAAACGACGUGUAAUUCCCUACGGCCAACGUGAUGGUCUACUACAGGCCCUUGAGAAAAUGCAGCGCGAUGGCAUAAUCACACGAGUCACAUCCAAUACGCGGGCAACGCCAAUCGUGAUCGCGAUCAAAAGUGACGGCAAAACACCGCAAAUUUGCAUAUUCCAGGCGGCGAUUGACGAAGUCAUCCGCGGGAUCGAUGCCGUGUUAGCGUACCACGACGACGUCAUUGUGUUUGGCACAACGAAGGCCGAGCAUGACGAUAGACUCCUCAAACUGCAGGAGCGGUUCGACCAAAAGAACGUGUCAAUUCGCGCUUCCAAAUGCAUGUUCAGCUCACCAGAAUUGGAAUGUUUGGGCUUCGCUGUGGAUGCAAAAGGCUAA